AUGGCGGGCGUGUAUUUCAAAAGACCAAGUUGGAUUGUAGACUUCAGCUCCAAAGUAAGACAUGACCCUUUUGGGAAGCUGCCAUUUACCGCUAUUUGCAAAAUCCUCCAUCAACUCCCCGCCGAAUGCUUGCUUGAUGUACUCAAGGCUUCUUGGACACUUCAUUCCCUGGUUCACGGUAGACAUUCGUUUUGGAAGAAUGCUCUCGAAAAGAACAUGCCCUGGUUUCCCGAAGUGCCAGAACUUAUGCGCAUAGGCGCGUUGCGGCGAGAAGAACACUACAAGGGAAUAUACCUCUGGGCGGAAAGGAACAUUUGGCCACGAAAAGGUGUUCCAAAGAUUCUGAUGAAUAUCGCAAACCGCCGACGGAUUUGGACCGUAAGCGAAGUAAUCGCCGAUAUUUACUUGGGACGUUUUGGGCAAAGAAUAAUUUCUUGGGGUGACGAGGAAGAGGAGGAAGAAGAAGAGCUGUAA